AUGCCACUGAUUUUAUUUACAGGAUUUCCAAGUAGUGGUAAAAGUACUAAAGCCCAAGAGUUAAUCGGCUUACUAAAUGAGCAUAUCGAAAAAACAGCAUCAAUAAAAGAUAAAAACUAUAAAAUCAUUUACCAUAAUGAUGAAACGUUAGGUAUUAACCAUGAAGAUUAUAUCACUUCUACGUCAGAAAGAAAAUUACGUUCCGAAAUUAUGUCUGUAGUAAAGAGGGAUUUAUCGCGUAAUAAUAUUGUGAUUAUUGAUUCUUUAAAUUACAUUAAAGGAUUUCGUUAUCAACUGCAUUGUGAAGUUAAAAAUGUGUCAACAACUUUUUGUUUAAUACACGUUAUGUGUCCCUUAGAUACUAUUAACGAUUGGAAUAAAAAAUCGAAACUACCUUGGGAUACUGAACUAUUAAACCAAUUAAUUCAAAGAUAUGAGGAGCCUAACGGUAACAAUCGCUGGGAUUCUCCAUUAUUUCCCAUAAUGGCCACUCAAGAUUCUAUCGGUGAUUUUUUUGAAGAUAUAACAAGAGCAGUAUUCAACAAUGGUAAAUCUUCUGAUGGCAGAGAUCCGUUAAUUAAAUCUUUUCAAAAAUCAAAUGCAGUAUCUAUACUUAAGCCUGCAUCAAAUUCAAAUUACAUUCAGUUACUAGAUUCUCAAACUUCAAAGGUUAUUAAAAUUAUUACUGAUUAUAUAAAAAUGAAAAAGUCUAUUGGAGAAACGACAUUUGGUGGUCGAAUAAUUGUUAGUGAGGUUAGUGAUAUUAACGAUGAGAGAUGUGCUUUCGUAGAUCUACCAUAUACAAACAGCAUUAGUUUACCAAUGCUGCAAAGGAUGAAAAGGCAGUUUGUUAAGUUGAAUAAAUUGAGAUCCAUAGAUAAUGAUAGAAUAGUAACAUUAUUUGCAUCAUAUUUGACAAAACAAUUAAGUGAUUUAUAG